CAGCGUGUGCCGUCGCACCCCUCUCUUGACCUGUUCCAAGCUGACAAGCGGUCGCUUCCGGAUUUACCAACCAUCUCAGACUCCAGAGAGGGGAAGGACCGAACGCCUUGCAUGGCCAAACAGUCUUUGUUGCAUCACAAAAGCCUUGACGCUCGUAUAUCCAUCUUGGUCCAUCUAUCUUGCCCGCUUCCGUGGAUCCCGCCCACUGCGGGACCAGCACAAAGAGUCCAUUUGCCAGCGCUGCGACGGCGCGAAUGCCUAUCAGAACCACCCGUUGAGCCCAACCGCUCGAGUCCCCAGCUAAUCUCUCUGUCUAUGACACCAGUGUCGUCUGAAGACCCAAAACAGUCCGCUUUCUCGCACUUGGCAAAUUGCUCAUGCGCUGUGCUUCUGCUCCUUCAAGACACGCCAAGCUACCCUGCCUCGACUCGGCGACCGUUGUUUGAUUCUGUCCUACUUCUUCUCCACCGGCUAUCUUCCCUUUGA